CCAUCCUCCAGUCCAAGAUGGCGGCGGCGGCGGCGACGGCUCCUCCGGGCUGCCCCGGUUCGUGCCCCAACUUCGCCGUGGUCUGCUCCUUCCUGGAGCGCUAUGGGCCGCUGCUCGACCUGCCCGAGUUGCCCUUCCCAGAGCUGGAGCGGGUGCUGCAGGCGCCCACGCCCGACGCCGGCGACAGCGAGGUACCAAAAGAAUUGGUGGAGCUCCAUUUGAAACUGAUGAGGAAGAUUGGUAAAUCUGUAACAGCAGACAGAUGGGAAAAAUAUUUGAUCAAGAUGUGCCAAGAGUUCAAUAGCACUUGGGCGUGGGAGAUGGAGAAGAAAGGCUAUCUUGAAAUGAGUGUCGAAUGCAAAUUGGGACUUUUAAAGUACCUCUGUGAAUGUCAGUUUGAUGACAAUCUGAAGUUUAAGAACAUUAUUAAUGAGGAGGAUGCUGAUGCCAUGCGCCUCCAGCCAAUUGGCCGAGACAAAGAUGGUCUCAUGUAUUGGUACCAGCUGGAUCAAGAUCAUAAUGUCAGAAUGUACAUAGAAGAACAAGAUGAUCAAGAUGGGUCUUCAUGGAAAUGUAUCGUCAGAAAUAGAAAUGAACUGGCUGAGACUCUGGAACUCCUGAAAGCUCAAAUAGAUCCUGCACUUUUGAAAAACUCUAGCCAACAGGAUGCCUCCUCCCGAGAAAGCCCCAGCCUAGAGGAAGAAGAAACUAAAAAAGAUGGAGAAACAACUAAACAAGAGGAAGAAUUAAAAUCAAAAGAUGAGAAGGUGAAAGUGGAGGAACCAGCAAAAGAAUCAGAAAAUCUUCCUGUACCCACUACCCUGGAAGAGAAUCUGGUAAAAACUGAGAAGCCAGAAGAAAAGGAACUUGUAAAAAUGCCAGUCAUAGUGAAGCUAGAGAAAUCUUCACCAGAAAAUGAGGAGAAAAAGAUCCCCAAAGAAGAAAGUGAUUCCUUCAAGGAGAAUGUUAAACCUAUUAAAGUAGAGGUAAAGGAAUGCAAAGUGGAAGCAAAAGAUGUUAAAAGUAGCACAGACAAAAUGACUAUUCAUGAACCUGAGCGAUUAGAGAUUGGCAUUAAGCCUCCUCCAGAAAUUAUGGAGAAAUCUACUGAAGAAACUGAAAAAUUAAAAAAUGACCAGCAAGCAAAGAUACCCUUGAAAAAACGUGAGAUUAAAUUGACUGAUGAUUUUGACAGUCCAGUCAAGGGACCCUUGUGUAAAUCAGUGACUCCAACAAAAGAUGCGUUGAAAGAAGAGGUGAAAUCUGAGGAGGAGAUUUGUAAGCGGAUUCCCACAAUCAUGGCUUUGUGUCCUGAGGGAAAACAGCUAGUCAAUGGAGAAGUUAGUGGUGAAAAAAACACUCCGAGGAAUAAGACAGAACAACUAGAAACCAAGCUCUACAGCAUAAAAGAAGGGGGUAUUCAUCCAUCCAAGGAGAAAAAUGGCUUGGUGGGAGACAAUGGGGCAGAAUCUUUGGUGUCUCUAAAUAAGAGCAUAAAAACAAGUGAAUCUGGGAAAGAUGGAGAGGGCCCUACUCAGAGAGGUCAAGGACUGGAAGAACCUGGUCCUCCAGAAACUGAAAAAACUCUUGAAGACACUUCAGAGAUGUCAGAAGAUCUUUCUUUGAAAACAGCUUUUUCCACUGCUGAAGCCUGUGCCAAGAAAAUUGAAGAGAAGUCCUCCGCCAAAAAUAAGAAAGACAAACGGCCUCCACUCCUAGAAUGUCUAGAAAAGUUAGAGAAGUCCAAGAAGACCAUUCUUGAGAAGGACACAUCAAAACUGAGUCCUAUACCUGAAGAGAUUGCAAAGAGCAUUGUAGAUCCAGAGAAGACACCAUGCUCUCCAGAGGCGGCAGACAUCUCCCUACCUUCUGCUGCUUCUGAUUACCAGGAUGGGUUAGAUUCCAAAAAUACAAAGCCCAGUGAAGAUAGCCAUCUCCUGGAGAAAACGGACCCUGAGGUCCUCAAGGAGGAAGUGGAACUUUCCAAAGCUGGAGUAGAUAAACUGGACAGUAGCCAACCUUCUAAAAUAGAAGACUCUUCAGAGACCAAGAAGGGAUCCACCACACAAAAAAGUAAAUUUAAAUAUAAAUUGGUUCCUGAGGAAGAAACCACUGAAACAGAAAAUAAGGAAAUAACAUCUGAAAGGCAGAAAGAAGGCAUCAAAUUAACAAUCAGGAUCUCUAGCAGGAAGAAAAAGCCUGACUCUUCUCCAAAGAUUCCGGAUACAGAAGUAAAGGAAGAGACAGAAAAGGAAGAAGAGAAAGUAACUCCUGGUCGAACUUUAAGAAGGUCGCCAAGAAUAUCUAGACCCACAGCAAAAGUGGCUGAAAUAAGAGAUCAAAAGGCUGAUAAAAAACGGGAGGAGGAAGAGAAAGGAGAAGACUCAGCAUCUGUCCAAAAACAGGACAAAAAGGAGAACUCAAGGAAGCCUGACAAGGAUGCUAAUUCUAAAGUCAACAAGAUGAAAUCCAAGAACAAAGUCCGGUGGACGGGUUCUCGAACACGUGGUCGAUGGAAAUAUUCUAGCAAUGAUGAAAGUGAGGAAUCUGAGAGUGAGAAAUCAUCUGCAGAAUCAGAGGAGGAGGAAGAAAAGGAAACUGAAGAAGCCAUGCCAGCAGAUGAUGAUGAACCAUGCAAGAAAUGUGGCCUUCCCAAUCAUCCUGAGCUGAUUCUUUUGUGUGACUCAUGUGACAGUGGAUACCAUACAGCUUGCCUUCGACCACCUUUGAUGAUAAUUCCUGAUGGAGAGUGGUUUUGUCCCCCUUGCCAACACAAACUUCUCUGUGAGAAGCUAGAGGAGCAGUUGCAGGAUUUGGAUGUUGCCUUGAAAAAGAAGGAGCGUGCUGAACGAAGGAAAGAGCGAUUGGUGUAUGUGGGUAUCAGUAUUGAAAACAUCAUCCCUCCACAGGAACCAGAAUUAGCUGAUGAUCAUGAAGAAAAGAAGAAAGAUUCCAAAAAAUCCAAAACACACUUUCUUGAAAGGAGAUCAACAAGAACAAGGAAGUGUAUAAGUUAUAGAUUUGAUGAAUUUGAUGAGGCAAUUGAUGAAGCCAUUGAAGAUGAUAUCAAAGAAGCUGAUGGAGGGGGAAUUGGCAGAGGAAAAGAUAUUUCCACCAUUACAGGUCACCGAGGGAAAGACAUCUCAACCAUUUUGGAAGAAGAAAGGAAAGAAAGUAAGCGGCCACAGCGGGCAGCUGCUGCUCGACGGAAGAAACGGCGGCGGCUAAAUGACCUUGAUAGUGACAGCAAUCUGGAUGAAGAGGAGAGUGAGGAUGAAUUCAAGAUCAGUGAUGGAUCUCAGGAUGAGUUUGUUGUGUCAGAGGAGAACCCAGAUGAGAGUGAAGAACAGCCAUCAAAUGAUGACAGUGACACCGAAUUCUGUGCCCGAAGACCCCGGCGACACCACUCCAAGCCAAUGAGGCAGAGCAGGCGUUUGAGAAGAAAGACAGUGAAGAAAAAGUACUCUGAUGAUGAUGAAGAGGAAGACUCUGAGGAGAAUAGCAGAGCAUCUGAGAGUGAUUAUAGUGAUUACAGUGAAGAUUAUCUGGAAACUAGACGGAGAAGGUCAAGAAGAAACCAGAAAAGACAGGUUAACUAUAAGGAAGACUCAGAAAGUGAUGGUUCCCAGAAGAGCUUCAGAUAUGGGAAAGAAAUGAGACGAGUUCACAAACGCAGGCUUUCCAGCUCAGAUAGUGAAGAGAGUUACAUGUCCAAGAAUUCUGAUGAUGAUGAGCCAGCUAAAGAAUCUCAGCGAUCCGUUCGGAAGCGAGGUCGAAACACGAAUGACUGUUCAGAAGCAGAGGAGGAGGAGGAAGGCCCACCUGCCCGAAAACGACUGCAUCGUAUUGAGACAGAUGAGGAAGAAAAUGGUGAGAAUGCUGCUGAUGAUGCUGUGGAGCAGCAUGCAGCAGCCAGCAAGCACUCGGCAUCACAUGGGCAGCAUGACCAUACCAGGAAGCCCUAUAGGAUAGACAGUGAUGAGGAAGAAGACUUUGAAAACGUUGGGAAAGUGGAAAGCCCAUUGGACUAUAGCUUAGUGGACUUGCCUUCUGCCAACGGACAGAGCCCUGGCAAGGCUAUUGAGAACUUAAUUGGCAAACCAUCUGAAAAAUCUCAAGCCCCCAAGGACAGCACAGCCAAUGCCAGCUUAGCACCCAAUGGGACGGGUGGUGGGCAGGAGGCAGGGGCACCAGAAGAAGAAGAGGAUGAACUUUUAAGAGUGACUGACCUUGUUGAUUAUGUCUGUAACAGUGAACAGUUAUAAGACUUUUUUUCCAUUUUUGUGCUAAUUUAUUCCACGGUAGCUCUCACACCAGCGGGCCAGUUACUAAAAGCUGUUUUAUUUUUCCUAGAAAAUUCUCCACUACAGGAUCACUUUUUAGAAGCAAAAAUUUCACCAGUCCCUGCAGUUUUUCUGUGAAGUGACCAGUUUUGAACUUUGAAGAUAAAUAAUCGCUGUAAAUUCCCUUUGAUGUUUUUUUUUGUCUUUUUUCCCCCCUAAGUUCAUGGUCCUUGGUAAUUUCAUUCAUGGAAAAAACACACACAAAUACACACACAAACCCGUAUUCUAAUAACAACAAAAGAUUUGUAUAUUUUUGACUUUGUAGUUCCUCAGCUCUCCUGACUUUGUGAUAAAAGGAUGGAUAAGAAUGCAUUCCAAAUCUGUCAGGGCCCAAAAUGGAAUUUGGGGGUGGGAGAAAGCACUUGUGCUUUACUGUUUUCAUAUUAAAUAUAUAUAUGCACACAUAUAUACUAUAUUUAAACAUUCAUAACAGAUUACAAUUAACAGACAGUUUGAAAGUACAUGUCUGUAUUAUCGCAUUUUGUGAAUUGUAGAUAACAUCAUACCAUAGCUCAUUUAGUAGCAACCUUCAUGAAAUCAACUUGUUUAAUACUGGAGAUAACCACACUUAAUGCAAAAGAGACCAAGAAAGUACCAUUAGUAAGAGCUCUAAUUUUAAGUAUCUGUUACAAUGGAGUUUCUUUGUUUUUAAAAAUAAUAAUCAUCAUCAGCAUCAUCUGAAAAGCAUUUGUACCAUAAAACAUAUAUAAUGAAGCUUGGGCAGCCAAAUUGUGCUAGCAGCAAAUUUUGUAAAAUGGCUUUAUGCAUAUUUGAUCAGAUCAUCCCUACUGUACCGUGUCUGAUGGAAAAUAUCAGUGUGAUGAUUGUACAUAUUUGGUCAAUGUGACAAAAGAGAUAGUGUAACCAUUACAGAUAGCAUAAGUAUUAUUUUAACAACUGACCACUUAAUGUCUAAACAUUUGAAAGGUCAUUUUAAGAUGUAUAUAUCUAUAUAGAUAUAGAUAUCUGCAUAUGCCAUACAUCAAGAGACGUCGAGCUGACAGUGGGAUUUUAGCACAUGUGAUGAUGGGAGUGGGUUUUCAGGUGACUCCUAACCAAUCUGUUCUUGCCCUUAGUAUCUACUUCAAAUUGAAGUCUACAAACCAAGCAGUUCCUUUGGAAGGUUUUUAGUUUGAGUUUGUGAGAAUGUGUGUGUGUGUGUGUGUGCGCGCGCGCGCGCAUGUUUUGGCAUUAUUUGCCUAGAUAUAUUAGCAGGUUUUAAAUGUCAUUUUGCCUUUGGCCAUUAGAACUUUAUUCAAAUUCAUACUUACUCGCGUGACCAACCUACAGAAGAAGGAAAGCAACCAGUGUAUCUCCAAAUUUAUGGGCAUAACAUCCACUUACACGCCUUGACACUCUCAAGACAAAGUGAUGCAAAGGGGGGGAGGGGGGAUUGAAGCGGAGAGUUGAGCACCUGGUUGACCCUAACCAUGGCCCUCAUUUUAUUCAGCCUCUGUAUCCUGUGAAUUUUCAGGUAGGAGCCCUAACAUUUGGACAAAGCAUAGCCUUUAUGAUGAACCUUCCAUGUGUCCUUUUGAAACCAGAGAUGGUCAUUUCUGGUCAGCCCUUUUCUUGCAGAGGGAUUUAGAUUUUUCACCCCCUUUUCUGUCCAUUGCUGGCAAUGGAUGCGUGUUACCUGCUAAUGGCACCAAGGGGUCACAUCCUGUCUCCUCUCCAAAUUAAACCUUUUGUGUGCUAGUCAAUCCAUAAUUAAGCACUUCUUUUUAAAAUUUUUUUUAAGCUGGCGCUAGAACUACAUAUAAAUACCUCUCUAGAAAACUUUGCCUGCCUGCCUUCCCUUUGUGUCCCUCCCCAAUUUAAUCUGCAGACUUAACUUUUGGCCUUGAAAGUUUAUAGCUAUUUUUUUUGACUGAUGUUGGUUCUUUACUGUUUUAUCCUUUUUCACUUUAGUUCUGUAGUUCACCUGUCCAUUAAUAUUUUUGUUGGAUUCUAGCAAUGUAUAUUUCAUCUGUUUUAAUAAUAAAAUAAAAUAAAAUAAUCAAAGGCAGCCUAAAAUUAGGAUGCACCAAUAGUAUGCUAUGUGAAGAAAGUUGUGACUUUUUAUUUUGAAGAGAAUGUCCUGUUUUAAGGGGGAAGAAAUGACUUGCAUUAACAGGCCGCUAAAUGCCUUUAUAAUCCGCGCAGUGUUUAAUUCGAGUCCCUUGUCUGUUAUUUAGAGGACAUUACAGAGGGUUAAUGUUUGAACUUCAUUUUAGAGCAAGCUGGCAGAGGCAGGGCACCUGCCAGCACCAAUUUCAUGUAACCAUACUGGGCAACUUCCCUUUGACAACAUGCCUUGCUCCCCACUCCAGAAACCAAGCAGCCGCAGCCUCCACCUAAAACCUGCGCUUGUACUUCAGACACAUCGACAGAAAAUGGGACUGUGACAGGAUUAAUCUGUUUGUGCAGAAAUUCAGAAGGUUCUUUGUACGUCUCCAGUUCAGAAAGUUGUGGAUUUUUACGAUCGUUUGGCAGGUAGAUUCUGAUUGUGGUACCAGCUUCUUGCAAGUUGCAGUUAGGCCACUUCGACCAGCUGAUAUUUAAGGUCAUUGGAUCCAUGCCUGUAUGCUAACCACAGCUUCUGGGAGAACCCUUCAGCCUAAGUCCGUCUGUCUAUCUGUAUAGUGAGAGUCUACGUGUAUAGUUAGAUAUCUGCAGUGUUGCUCUCUAGAUAGUCGUGGUUAACCCAACUAAAAGCUGGAGCAGACUGGGACUGGUUCUGCCCUUUGUUAUGCACACUCAAGUUUGAGUUUCUUGAUCACCACAAAGGAAAUGGAAGUUUACCAUAAUGUAAAUUCUAAAUAUAUUUUUCAUUGAUAUGUGAAAAUAAUGAGAAAAGCUCAUAUGCUUUCUCAAAAAUAUAAGAAAAUAAUUCAGGACUACCCCAGACCCCCAAAGUAAUAGUGAGCAUUCCAUGGCCACCAUAUAACAAAGCUGCUUAACAUACUGCAAAACCCCUUAGAUUAGAUCCAAACUAUCGUAUCCAAUUCCAUUCUGUAACAAAUCUAUUAGAGGUUCUAGUAUAUUCAUUUUACUCAGCCUUAUUACGUCAAGAUUUGGAGUAUUUAGGAGUAGACAGUUUCAUUUCCUAUAAAAAUGUCUCCCUUGGUCGUGAAAAAGAAUAGGACUUGUUAAAUUACAGCUUGGCUUUGAAGGUUUUCUGCAGAUGGAAUAAUGCUCGAUGUAAUAUUUACUGAGUCUAGCAUAUUACUGCAAAUCCAAAGGAAGAAAUACAACUAAUGACCAAAUGGAGAUCCUUUGGAUGAACUGUAUGCUUUCCGUAUGGUGUGACCUAGCUAAGACUGCAGUCUUGAUAAGGAAAUAAGAGUGGUUUAGUUUAGGAUAUGUAAAUAGUCAAAAGAUUUUCAAAUAUUUUAAAACCACUAGAAACUCCUUGAAGUUUUUAAGUGGAAUAAUUGCAAAAUAAUUUCUCUUGUUGCCUGGUUCUUAGUUGUCACAACCUAGCCCGUUUUGUUUAAUAACAUUAGGAACCUGAUUGGUCACUUCAGUCUAAGUUUAUGGGGAAAAAGCACAGGUCUACGUAAGUGGAAUGAGUGGUACUGUUUUCAUCACAAGAGAAGUUUUUUAAAGCCUAUGUUGCACAUUUAAGAGAUUCUGUUAGAAAUAGGGACAUUCUUCCCAUGAUUUUUCGAUUUUCUCAGCCCUCACUAUGAAGAGGAAAAUGAAGUUAAGUUUAAAGUGUAGAAAACAUAAUAGACUUAGCUCCACUCUCAUGAGGGUCUGUGACGUAUUCAUGUCCCCGUGUUAUUUAUUCAGACUCAGAGUCUUGUUUCCUUUGAACAAGUUCUCAACUUUAAAAAUCUGCAUUUUAGAGAUGUAUUACAUAAAGAAAAAUGAUGAAACAGAAUGCAUUCGUUGAGCACCUUAUAUUUGUUUAAUUUGGCAUGUGUACACACAUAUAUGAGAAAAAUAUAUCUCAAAGAUUUUUCUUUCCACAGAAAAUAAUGUUUAAAAUAGUGGGUUUUGUCAUUGCCAUGGGACCAGAAGAUAAUAGUGAUAGUUCUUCCCCUUAAUCUGAAAGUAAUGCUGUUCUCUAGUGGGCCAUGAUUGCCCAAGUUGCAUAAUUUGUUUCUGGUUUACUGGCUUUUGGCUGAGUAUCUCUAAGCUUAAAUCAUCAUUUAUCAUAACAGAAUCCAUCUUCUCUUCAGCACCAAUGUCACCCACCAUUCCCCAUAUUAAAGGUCAACUUGGUUUAAAAGUGGAGGGUGAGCUUUGUAGAUUUGCUUUGUUAUGGUAAUCCUGGAAACAAGAAGUUUUAAAUGUGGUCAAUAAUGUAUAGACUAUGUACUGUAGUUGUUUUAAGAACCUUUCCUUCUGCUCUGCCUUAAGUUAUCAUUAGCAUUAUCAUUUCACAUUUAUUGAGUGCCAAUAGUUUGCUAGGUGCUGUCAUUUUUUUUUUUAAGUAGAGAAAGAACAAGUCCUUGAGACCUAAUGGGUCUGCCAUCAGUCACUACAGGCCAGAAAUUUUUUGUAGUGAGUUUUGUAUAGAUGACUCAGAUUCUACAUUGUAAUGCCUUUUCUUCUUUUACACCUCUCCACUCUCCCCAUCGCCAUGAGUUAAAUGUUGUAUAGAUUACCAUCAGUAAUUUUUUUCUAAAUAUAUAAUUAAAAAGCCAUUUUCACAUAGGUUUGAUUGUCUCAUUUACCAUUUCAUUUUUGUGCAGUUCCUUGAAAAAAGUGACAAUGCUAAGCACUACAAAAGCAGUCCUGGCACAUUUGCAAUGAUUAUAAUUUAAUGCACAGAAAUAUUCUAAAUUGUAAUACCUGUAUGGAAUACAUUAUCCUCCAUAUACCAGAUUUUUGGGUGGGUAAAAAUUAUUUAUGAUUUCUGAAUAAGCUAUUUAGACUUUGGGAAUAAGAACUUAAAAAAAAAAAAAGGAUGCUGAACAGAAACUUCAGUAGAAUAGAAACUUUAAAUUCACAUUUCUUAACACAAUUUGGAAAAUAUGCUGAGGUCUCCUUUUGCCAUUGGAUGAUGUGAGUUAAGAAUGGAAUUGUCAGCUCUAAUUUUACACGUCCUCUUAACUUUCCUCAGUUUAUUAAGAAAUUUUAUUGUAAAAUAUGUUUUAAAAUCUGUAUUUAUUAAGUUCUGGUGGUACAACAAGUAGCUGCAUGUUAGAAAUACAGCCAUCCAGAAAACCAUUGUUUGGAAAUUUAAGUAAACACUCGAGCUUCAGAAAUCGUUUAACUUAUUUUGUACGUUGCAAAAAAAAAAUUUAUUUUGCUUAGAGUGACAUUUUUUAUAAUUGUGUACAGCUUUUAAGGGGGUGGGAGGUGGGGAAAUAACACCCGAAAGUAGAUUGUAGAUUUUUACAAUUGUGUUUGUGAUAGAAUAUCCACGGGUCUAUGCUGUAAUUAAAACUAAAACUGCUUAACAAUUUGUGCCAUGGUCUUUUUCAUCCUGCUGCCUGAGAGCUGGAUUUUGCGGUUACAGAUCAAUUCUGCUACACAAAGGAGCUGCUGAAACCAGGGAAACUGACACAAGCACCAUCCCCAGAUCCCCAAAGGCAUUUCCCAAAAACUCAAAUAGAACUACAGUGUCUGUUCACAUACAUGAGUGAUCAGGAUCCAGGGGCCUGGAAUGACCCUGCUUAGAAGAAUUAGAGCAUAUUCUGAAUAUCUGGUUUUUCCAAGGGAAUAUCACAGCUGGCCUGAUGUUUGGUUCUCCAAUAGCCAUUUGCAAUUUGAGACUAUUAUCCUUGCAGAAGAACCUACAAAUGAUUUUUAUAUCUAUCAAGGACAGAAUACAGUACUGUUAUUAUAAUUGCUUAUGACUUAUAACUUAAGACUACUGCUUUUCAUGGAUGCUAAUUCAUGUGCUUUUAAAAUAUAUAAUGGCAAGAAAAAAGCAAAUCUUAUUAAAUUUUCUAAUUCCACUCUCCUUCAAAAAAGAUGGAUUUUGGAAUCUCAUUCUUUUAAUUAGUACAUAUCCAUAGUUUAUUUUUAAAAAACCAACUUGUUUAAAUGCCAAUGUGUUGCUCCCUUCUCCGCCGUGUAGCACAAUGGUGCUCUUAGGACAAAUUCAUCUGCGAGAGUGUCACAGUAAACAUCGAAUCACGCCGAUUUGUGCAUCUUGUGUCUGCGGUUUUCAGAUAGGACAGGCUCUUCAGUGUAUUUAUCAGUGCAGUCCUGGUGAUUUUGAGUCUCCUGCCUUGGCAUAAAUAAUAGAGAUUACUUACUAGCAGAUAGGGAUUUGGGGGUUCUGUGUGUAUUUGUUGUUUAUUUAAAUAAUAGUAUCUGGCAUUCAGAAGAACUCAUUGGAUCAGAGCUGCCAGAACAUGCCUUGCAUUUUAAGAUAUGCUUACAUGAAACACUUCAUUUACUCCUAUACUUCGGAUGUUUUGUUGGGUUUUUUGCUUUUGUUUCUAAGAAAAUAUAAAAUUUGUGGAUUAGGUUCUCAGACUUGGGGAAUGCCUCCAUUUGUUUUGUUCUUGACAGACAAAUGUUAAACGUUAAGAAGCUCAGCAGUUAAGGUCAUAGAUAUCUUAGCCUUGCAAGAAGUCUGAUCUUAUAUUUCUCGAUGGAAUCAUGAUCAUUGCUAAAAGUCUGAAAGGAGAACCUAGGCUGAUUUUUUUCUAUAUGGAUGCGUCCUGAAUGUGGUAGUGGGAGAAUAUAUUUUAAAAACUGGAAGCGUGACUCAUUGCACAGAAAACGGGUGAUACUUAUCACUCUUUUUUUUCCUACAACUAUGCUAUCACAAGCAUGUAAAUUUUGUGCAUAAAAAUAAUGUGGGAAGAAGUCCUGGUAGCCUCGGUGCUUAAGGGGUUAAACUGCAAUUUAUGAACAGCUAGUGUGUUAAAAUUGCAAUGCACAACUUUAAAUACUAUAUACCUUGUAAAUGAAAAACAGAAUAUGUUAAGGCUGGUGCCAAUAUUUUUGUUAAUGAAAUGUUCAAUGUUGUCUCACUACAGUCUGGUCAGAACUCUCUUGGUGUGUAAACUAGGCCGAAAGCCAUUUUAUAGCCGCUGGCCUAAUUGUGUAACUUUUUCUUUCAUAAUGCUUUUGUUAUAAUACCUUCUGUCAUUUAUUACAUAUAAAUAUGACAUGUUAAGUUGUCAUAAUAAAAAAAUUUUAAAUAACUUGA